GUAACCAACAUUACCAGCAGUUAUUUCUGGCGGCACGGCUGAAAAAAACUGUUUUCUUGCUCCUGUCACGUUACCGUCAGGGCUAAAUUAAAGGGCGACUGACGAGCAGCAGCACCGGGUCCAGGUGAGCUACGGCUACAGCUCCUACAUCGUAUGUCAGGUAUUACAGCCAGUACAAUAAGCUACCUGUGGUCUGUAGACGAUGUCCUCGGGCAGGGGGCUACUGCCAGCGUCUACAAAGCACGCCAUAAGAGGUCGGGUGAACUGGUGGCCGUCAAGGUGUUUAACAUAAUGAGCUACAACCGCCCCCACGAGGUCCAGAUGAGGGAGUUCGAGAUGCUCCGGAAGCUCAAUCACAGCAAUAUUAUCAAGCUAUUCACCGUGGAAGAGCUGCCCUCUAAACAGAAGGUGCUGGUGAUGGAGUAUUGUUCAGGAGGGAGUCUCCUAAGCCUGCUCGAGGAGCCGGAAAACGCCUUUGGUCUUGCUGAAACAGAGUUCCUCACAGUAUUGCAGUGUAUAGUGCAAGGUAUGAAUCACCUGCGGGAAAAUGGAGUGGUACACCGGGACAUUAAGCCAGGGAACAUCAUGCGGCAGGUUGGGGAGGACGGCAGGUCUGUUUACAAGCUGACAGACUUUGGAGCAGCAAGAGAGCUCGAAGAUGACGAGAAGUUUGUCUCCAUUUAUGGAACUGAAGAGUAUCUGCACCCAGACAUGUAUGAGCGUGCGGUGCUACGUAAACCUCAUCAUAAGUCUUACGGGGUGAGUGUCGACCUGUGGAGUAUUGGUGUGACCUUAUACCACGCUGCCACUGGGAGUCUUCCCUUCACACCAUAUGAAGGACCACGAAGGAACAAGCCCAUUAUGUUCAAAAUAACCACAGAGAAACCUAUGGGGGCGAUAGCUGGAAUACAACGGAGAGAGGGCGGACCUAUAGAGUGGAGCUAUCACCUACCUCACAGCUGCCAGCUGUCACAGGGUCUAAGGGUGCAGCUGGUUCCAGUACUAGCAGGUAUAAUGGAGGCUGACCAGGAAAAGUGUUGGUGCUUUGACCAGUUCUUCACAGCCACCACAGAUAUAUUGCAGCGGCAAGCAGUUCACCUCUUUUCUCUGCAGCAGGCCAUUGCACAUUGCAUCUACAUACACCACUACAACACAGUAUCAAUCUUCUUCGAAGAGGUGGCGUCUCAGACAGGUAUAGGGGUACAGCAACAACAUCUCAUGUACCUCGGACAUGACCUGCUCUUGGAGGGCAGCAUGAAGGUGGUCAAUCUUCCACGAACUUCACCUUCUCAGCCCCUCAUUCUGCUCAGCUAUGCACCUGAAGCAAACACCAGCCUGCCAUUCAGAGAACCAGAGAGUCCCAUCAUCCCAGCCAGGUUUGACGUCAUGGCAGAUUACAAUUUCUCCAAGAUUGUAGUAGGUGUAGUCCACCAGUAUCUGAGGAUAGUACAACUGCUGCACACGCACCGGGAGUUGCUGCUGCAGGGAUAUUACAGCUACAUAAUGAAAUUGCGCAACGAGUGCAGAGAAGCCUUGCACAGUAUUGCCAUGGUCACCAUUAGACUGCAGUCCUGCCUCAAUGCAGAACACAGGAUUCGCACGCUAGGCCCUUACACUUCAGAAAAUCAAGGCUCAGCUGCUAAUGGUCAAAGGUUGCGGCAGGUUCAUCAACACCUACCUGCGUACAGCGCUGGUAUCCAAGAGUUUCAGAACCGACUAGAUCAACUGCAGAUAGAACAGGCCAAGUUGGCAGAGACUCUGGCCAAUGAUAAGAGCUGCCAGAAGAUAGAGAUGCUGCUACAGAAGAUAACUGCAAUUCAUCAGCAUUAUCGUAAAGACAGGCUGACCGGCAAGCUAGCAUACAAUGAUGAGCAAAUCCACAAGUUUGAGAAAAUCCACCUGUCGAGCCACAUUAAGCGAGUGAAAUCUCUGUUCAGAGAAGACUGUGUGCAGAGAUACAAAGAGGUUUUAGCCUCAACAAGAACAUGGAACAGCCUUAUGGUGGAGAUGCAGACCCGACUGCAGGACUUCAGUUCUUUCUCUGCAGGCUUAAUGGCAGACUUAGAGAUGAGUGAGCAGUGCCAGAAUAAGGUUAUGGACAGAAUCCUUUACACUCUGCAGUCCAAAAGACCAGAACAACAGCCAGCAGUCAUACCCAAAGACAAUGACCAGAUGGUCUCCAGGAUGCACCAUUUGAAGGAGGAAAUGGAGAUUCUGGUGAGGGAGCUACAGUGUAACAACGGUAUUAUAGAGAGCCUGGGAGCCGUGAACUCUCCUGCAGCUCUGGAGCCGACUCUGGCCAGACCUUCUACACUGUGACACAAGAGCACUGUCUCUGGAUCUUGCCUCUAAAAGGCGCACGCACACUCUCUGAAAAUCACCUCAUCUUAAGUGCCAUUAAUGAAUGUACUGGCCUUUCAAGGACCAUCUACUGUGUUUGUUUUUAUGUGCUUCCUCUUCCUUUAACAAUCAAUGAAAUGUCUUUAUCAAUUUAGGAAUAAGAUAAGCAUAAAGAGAAAGGAGGAUAGGCUUCAGAUCUGUGUGUGUGUGUGUGUGUGUGUGUGUGUGUUCCUGUCUAGCUAUCUUUGUGAGGACCGAAAUCUGCAUUCUACUAUACUUGUGAGAACCAACAGUCACUUGUGAGGACACACUCGCUGGUCCUCACAAGUUUGAAGGCCUUUUUGAGGCUCAAAAAGUGGUUUUAGUGUCAGGGUUACAGUUAGGUUAUGGUUAGGUAUAAAAGAGAGUUUGAUUUAGUUCUCUUUUGUUAAAGUUUUUAUUGCACGGUCCUAGGGGCCGCUGGAUCAUCCAGAUUUCUCCUUUAAGGCUCCUGUUAAACUUUUCUGCUCCUCUUCUCCUUCCCUCGACGGUCCUCUUUGGUGAAUACUGUAGUCGUCCCUUCUGACUGACUGGUCCUUAUAUUAAGUUAUUGUGUAAAAAAUCAGCUUAGCUAACGGGAAGAGUGGUAUAUAUAAAAAAAUAUUUUAAAAAAAUCCUAUAAAUAAACUAAAAACAUUAUAUUAAAACCAGAAAGGCAGACAGAUUCCUCUAUCAAUCUGUGGAGGGGAUUUAGCCUCCACAGAACACUGAGUCUUUUUGUGUUUUAUUUUGUGCUCUUCAUAUUAAUUGUGAGGUCAUGCACUUGUUAGUAUUCAUCAUAGCCACACAAUUUUCUGUUAGUUUUUAUAAAUCACACAUUUAUUUACAACUCUAUAGUAUACAUGCAAUGUCAGUGCAAGAGGAAACUGUCUAAUCCAGCGGUCCCCAACCUUUUUUGCGCCACGGACCGGUUUAUGCCCGACAAUAUUUUCACGGACCGGCCUUUAAGGUGUCGCGGAUAAAUACAACAAAAUAAAACUAGUACCGGUACCGAAAAAAAGAAGAUU